UCCACAUCGUCGAGCCAGCCCCUGGAGCUGUGCCAAGAUGGUGCUCUAGUAGACCCGCCGUCCUACUACACCAAUAGCAGGAACCGAGCCGCAAAGCUGAAGGCCUUUGCCGACGCGAAGAAUUUGGCGCAGCAGCUCUAUGCGCGCGCCAAAGCCGACAACAUCUGGUAUAGUAUAAUGUGCACGACUGAAACUGAUGGCAUUUUCCGCCUUGAUGUUUUAUGUGUGUCGUUCGUAGAAGUUCAUCUUUUUUCGCGCAAAAAUGCAGACCCUUCGUGAUGAGACCCCCCACAGUAUCAGUACUCAGAAGAUAGUGCGCUCCUCUACUUUGUUGAAUCAGCAUGAUGAAGAGCAAACCUAUCAGGUUUCAUUUUGUGAAGAACGAGGCGCGCGAAGGCGGGCUGUGCCACAGCGACCAGCUCAAAGUUCCGGACUCGGAGGAAGACAAGUCAGUCCUUGCAGCCAUCGAGCAAGUGGCGACGGAGCAGGCGGACCGCGAAACCGGCAAGGAUUUUUCCUACGACAAAGACUUCUACGGAUCGCUUGGUCUCUUUGCAAAUGCUGGGAAGCACAUCGACGACUGCCGCACGGAGUGGCCGACAGACGAAGCCGGGCGCUUCGUGGAGCGGAGAGUGCGGGUGUACCAAAAGCAGCGCGAGGUCUUGAAGAACUACGCGAAAAGGUACCACGGUGGGGACUGGACGCCGACGCAUUUCGAGCUAGACAACUGCGGCAAUCACGUGGCGCAUUGGCUAGUGCACCGCUACACGACCUUCCCCACGGUCUGCGACAAAUUGAAAACGCACGGAAAUUCCUUGGUACAGGCGGAGAAGGAUAAAGAGAAGCAAGGACAAGUCGACGCGCUGCUUCAGGUUAUUCCUCUUUGAUGACUUCUUGGCUUAUUGUGCGCGUGCUGUAAAAUUUGGAUAGGAGGAGCAGGAAAGUGCACAGAUGAUCAUGGAGCCAGAUGCAUCAACUACAACCCAUCCCUUCCGUUGAAGUUGAAGAUGCUCGAAUGCGAAAGGGUAAAAAUGCCUACAAUCAGGUGGACAAAAACGGGAACAGCAAGCUCCACAGAGCAAUUUUCCAGGGCGACGUGACGAGGGCGAAGCGGUUACAGCUUGGACGGCCGUUAGAAAUCAUCUUGGCGAAUUUCUUGCGAAUUUAUAGGGGAAAGACCCGCAGCGCGGCCUGGGCAUUGGUGUCGGGCUUGGGAUUCUGCGUUGCCAACGCAUCUAUGACGCCCCGCUCGUAUUCCGCGUCUUUUUGGUGUCCCGACGAGGAGGGGCAAAACCAGCAAAAUCUUUCCGCGCCGGGCGCCUUGGUCUGUGCCCGAGUUUUGGGCCCAGUGGCUGCACUAAUGUGCCCCACCUAGGAGCACCAUCGCGCCACACCGGGAACAGAGCUCGCGCGCGAUGGACAGGGAGGGCAUCAAUUGCACCCCCUUCCCCCUGAGUUGUCCUCGAAUGCCAAGAGUUUUGCUCUUGCGACAGGUGGGCACAAAUCUGUGCAUUUUGGAACACAAGGCCUCGGGACUUGGUCUACAGAUUUUGCCUCU